AGUGGUACCUGUCUGGCAGUAUAAAAAGCGGGCGAGGCGGUUCCCGGCUCAUUCAGUGCUGACGCUGCUCUCGGUGUUCGUUGUGUCGGUCUAUCAGCAGCCAUGGAGUGGAAACCAAUAGAACUGAACCCUGAGAUGCUGAACAAAUUCAUGUCACAGUUGGGUGUCUCUGGUGACUGGCAAUUUGUGGAUGUCCUUGGUUUUGAAGACAAAGCACUGAGCUCUGUACCUGCAUCCUGUGCCAUGUUGCUGGUCUUGCCACUCACAGAUCAGCAUGAGAACUUCAGGAAGAAACAAAAUGAAGAUCUGAAGAACAUAACAAAUCCCAAAGUGUAUUUUAUGAAGCAAACAAUUGGUAACUCUUGUGGUGCUGUUGGACUUAUUCAUGCUGUUGCCAAUAACCAAGAAAAACUAAAAUUUGAUGAGAAGUCUGCUUUGAAGGCCUUCCUAGACGAAUCUGCCUCCCUUUCUCCUGAUGAGAGAGCAGCACUCCUGGAAAAGAAUGCGGCCAUAGAGUCUGUACACAACUCUGUGGCAGCUGAAGGAGAAUGCAGGGCAAAUGAUGAUGUAAGCUUUCACUUCGUACUCUUCACUGAGGUUGAUGGCCACCUUUAUGAGCUUGAUGGUAAAAUGCCAUUUCCAGUAGACCAUGGCACUACUUCUGGGGGGUCUUUUCUGAAGGAUACAGCCGAAAUCUGCAAGCAGUUUAUUGAACGAGAGAAAGGGGAAGUUCGUUUUUCUGCAGUGGCACUUAGCAAGUCUUCAUAACUGUUAACACAAUGCUUGUUCAGCAUUCACCUUUUCUGCUGUGAUGCUUGUUACUUCAGUAACUUUUCAACUUCACCUAGUGUCUUACCUGCAUUUACGCCUUGUAAGGAGCGCUCUGGAUGUGCUUAGAAAGCUGGUUGUUGCAGUUUAAUGCUUUACUUUUCACUUGUCUUUGUAACUGCCAAGCUCUUCAGUGCAGCACUUGUUCUGAAUAAAAGUUUAAUUAAAACUAUGGUUUACAUGAA